UUCAGCCCUCACCUGCCCGCACCCUCUGCUCCACGUUCCGCAACUCCUGCUGUCUCUCAGGCCCCUCUGUGGGGCUCAUUCCGGACGGGGCCAGGCUGGGUGGGCGCUGACAGAGGAGUGGGGUGCAGGGCCCAAGGAGGGCUGAGGACUCAGGGAGCUGCUGGGGAGAGGAGUGAGAGGCUCGAGGGCUGUCACCACGGAGCAGGCCCCCACCCACACUGUCCCUCCCCUCUCCCACCUGGCCUGCCCGUCCCUCGCUCCCUGCCUGUGUCUUUCUGGACUGAAAGACUUAAAGUUUCCAACCUGGCUGGUUCCCCCAUUACCUGGCCCGGCGACCUUGUUGGAGAAUGUCCCCUUUCCUGGCCUCAGUUGUCCCCUCUGCACAGUGGGCACGAAGUCUUAGCCACCUGGACAGGACAAGGUGGGAGCCGGAGAGGCCCAGCUAGCCCUCCUCGCUGCCGCGUUCAUCUGUCCCCAGCCCCAUGGUCCCGGGCCCUGGGUAGGGUGGUGGUGGCGGGCACCAGAGCCUGUGGGGUCCCCACCCCCAGCUGAGCCUGUCCCCUGUCCUCUCUUGCAGCCCCCCAUCGUCCACGCGGAGCAUGAACAUUGAGGAUGGCGCGUGCCCGCUCCCCGUGCCCCCCACUGCCGCCCGGUAGGAUGUCCUGGCCCCAGGGGGCGCUGCUCUUCCUGUGGCUCUUCUCCCCACCCCUGGGGGCCGGCGGGGGCGGCGUGGCUGUCACAGCAGGGGGCUCCCCGCCGACCACCUCCUGCCCCGCCGCCUGCUCCUGCAGCAACCAGGCCAGCAGGGUCAUCUGCACGCGGAGAGAGCUGGCCGAGGUCCCCGCCAGCAUCCCCGUCAACACGCGGUACCUGAACCUGCAGGAGAACGGCAUCCAGGUGAUCCGCACAGACACGUUCAAGCACCUGCGGCACCUGGAGAUCCUGCAGCUGAGCAAGAACCUGGUGCGCAAGAUCGAGGUGGGCGCCUUCAACGGGCUGCCCAGCCUGAACACGCUGGAGCUCUUCGACAACCGGCUGACCACGGUGCCCACGCAGGCCUUCGAGUACCUGUCCAAGCUGCGGGAGCUCUGGCUGCGUAACAACCCCAUUGAGAGCAUCCCCUCGUACGCCUUCAACCGCGUGCCCUCGCUGCGCCGCCUCGACCUGGGCGAGCUCAAGCGGCUGGAGUACAUCUCCGAGGCGGCCUUCGAGGGGCUGGUCAACCUGCGCUACCUCAACCUGGGCAUGUGCAACCUCAAGGACAUCCCCAACCUCACGGCCCUGGUGCGCCUGGAGGAGCUGGAGCUGUCCGGCAACCGGCUGGACCUCAUCCGCCCCGGCUCCUUCCAGGGCCUCACCAGCCUGCGGAAGCUGUGGCUCAUGCACGCCCAGGUGGCCACCAUCGAGCGCAACGCCUUCGACGACCUCAAGUCGCUGGAGGAGCUCAACCUGUCCCACAACAACCUGAUGUCGCUGCCCCACGACCUCUUCACGCCCCUGCACCGCCUCGAGCGCGUGCACCUCAACCACAACCCCUGGCACUGCAACUGCGACGUGCUCUGGCUGAGCUGGUGGCUCAAGGAGACGGUGCCCAGCAACACCACGUGCUGCGCGCGCUGCCACGCGCCCGCGGGGCUCAAGGGCCGCUACAUCGGCGAGCUGGACCAGUCGCACUUCACCUGCUACGCGCCGGUCAUCGUGGAGCCGCCCACGGACCUCAAUGUCACCGAGGGCAUGGCGGCCGAGCUCAAGUGCCGCACGGGCACCUCCAUGACGUCAGUGAACUGGCUGACGCCCAAUGGCACGCUCAUGACGCACGGCUCCUACCGCGUGCGCAUCUCCGUGCUGCACGACGGCACGCUCAACUUCACCAACGUCACCGUGCAGGACACGGGCCAGUACACGUGCAUGGUGACGAACUCGGCCGGCAACACCACGGCCUCCGCCACGCUCAACGUCUCGGCCGUGGACCCCGUGGCGGCCGGGGGCGGUGUCGGGAUAUUGGGAGAAGUCCAGGAUCAAGGUGACACAAGGCUGCCCCCUCCGAAGCUCAAGGGGAAGGGUCUGUCCUUGGGCAGGGUCCCCGUGUCUACAGGCCGCUUCUCUCUGUGA